AUGUCUGUUGCAAGGAAGAUUAUAAAGCCUGAAGGAGUCCCUGUAACGGAUCUUGAGCGUACAGUUGCGCAGGCGCUUUUUGAUUUAGAAACUGUUCCUGAUUUGAAAAGGGAUCUUCGUUUAUUGCAGAUUGUGGGUGCUCGUGAGUUUGAUGUGGGACGUGGAAAAAAAGCUAUUGUAAUUUUUAUUUUUCCUUCUUUACUUAAGGCGUUUCAUAAAAUCCAAUUGAGAUUGGUUCGUGAGCUUGAGAAGAAGUUCUCAGAUAGACAUGUGGUUUUUGUUGCCCAACGGCGUAUUCUUCCAAAGCCUUCUCGUAAGAAUCGUCAAAAACAGCGUCUACGGUCACGGACAUUAACAUCUGUUCAUGAAAAAAUUCUAGAGGAUUUAGUAUUUCCGGCAGAGAUUGUUGGGAAAAGGAUUCGAGUGUGUUUGGAUGGGAAGAAGAUUAUGAAAGUUUUCUUGGAUAAUAAAGAUGCCUCUUCAAUUGAUUACAAACUUGAUUCUCUUCAAUGUGUUUAUAGUAAAUUGACGUCCCGGAAUGUUGUAUUUAGUAUUCAAGAAGCAGGGCUGUAG